UAACGUUGCGCACAGAUGGACGGACAGAUUAACAGACGAAAGGACAAAUGUAUGCCGAUCGUCACAUAUCUAAUUACAGAAGCUAACUCAAGUUGUUGUGUGUGUAGGAACCUGGAAGUGGCGGUGUGUUCCACUCUGUGUGAUGUUGGAGGCAUCGUGGCUCCUUUCCUGCUCUACAGACUGGCUGUCAUCUGGCUGGAGCUGCCACUCAUCAUCUUCGGGUCUCUGGCUUUCCUGGCUGGUGGUUUGGUGCUGCUGCUCCCUGAGACCAGAGGAGUGCCGCUGCCUGACACCAUCGACGACAUCGAGUUCCCAGAAAAAGUGAAGGAGAAAGCUGCACUGAAGAACCAGCAGUUGACCAACCUGCUGCUCAACGACGACGUUUCGUCCAACAAAGAUCCAGCAACUGUGUAAUCUCCCUCAGAGAAGAAAUUAUUUAUUUAUGGUGUUGAACAGUGUUGCUUUUGCAUAUAUAUUAAUUAAAUCCAUAAUUUUAGUUUUUGACUGCGUAGCCAGCUGUAUCAAAAGUUUUCUAUGUUUGUCUAAGAGCCUUUUCUUGAAGAAUUUUCUGUUUCGAUUAACUUGAUAUGUUUCCCGUUAUGGAAUUGCAUUAUUAAAUUAUUAAAGAGUUCUCUUUUAACACAA